GACUUGAAUGAUGAUGAGAAGAGGAAGCACGAUUUAGCAAGGCUUCGAUUUGUGGGUGUCAGAUAGAUUGAGGAGCUUUUUCCGCCGAUCUCGCUUCCCCCACGAUGAGUUCCAAUACGGCAUCGUCGAGUGCCGGAUCGGGAGAUUCUUCCGCUGCCAGGAAGAAUUCGAAGCGGCCAAAGUAUUCCAAGUUCACACAGCAGGAGCUUCCAGCUUGCAAGCCCAUUCUCACGCCUGGCUGGGUGAUUUCGACAUUUUUGAUAGUCAGUGUGAUCUUUAUCCCCCUUGGAGUUAUCUCUCUUUUCGCUUCCCAGGAUGUUGUGGAGAUCGUUGAUCGCUACGAUAAUGAUUGCAUUCCUGCCCCUGCUAGGACUAACAAAGUUGCAUUUAUUCAAGGAGAUUCACCUAAAGCUUGUAACCGAACUCUAACAGUGACAAAGCGUAUGAAGCAGCCUAUCUAUGUUUACUACCAGCUUGACAACUUCUACCAGAAUCACCGAAGGUAUGUGAAAAGCCGAAGUGAUUCACAGCUGAGAAGUCCAAAAUUUGAGAAUCAGAUUAGCGCAUGCAAGCCUGAGGAUGAUGUUGGUGGCCAGCCGAUUGUGCCAUGUGGUCUCAUUGCUUGGAGUCUUUUUAAUGAUACAUACACUUUAUCAAGAAAUAAUACACCCCUAGCUGUCAACAAAAAAGGCAUUGCCUGGAAGAGCGACAAGGAGCACAAGUUUGGCAACAAGGUCUUCCCCAAGAAUUUUCAAAAGGGGAAUCUCACAGGUGGUGCCACUCUAAAUCCAGAUAUACCGCUUAGUGAACAAGAAGAUCUCAUCGUGUGGAUGAGAACUGCAGCAUUGCCAACAUUUAGAAAACUGUACGGAAAGAUUGAGACCGACCUUGAGAAUGGUGACACCAUACAGGUUACGCUGCAGAACAACUAUAACACUUACAGUUUUAGUGGGAAGAAGAAGCUUGUUUUGUCGACAACCAGCUGGCUGGGUGGGAAGAACGAUUUCCUCGGCAUUGCUUACCUGACAGUUGGUGGGAUCUGCUUCUUUUUGGCCCUCGCAUUUACCAUCAUGUACCUUGUGAAACCCAGGCGACUUGGGGAUCCGUCCUACCUGUCAUGGAAUAGAAAUCCCGGAGGAGGUCGUUAACAAGCUUGGAGAGGGAGUGAGCUCUGCUCUGCUCUGCGUGUGUAAAUCUUGUCUGUCCAUGUAUACAUACACUACUUUGAAAUCCUUGCUUGCGAAAUGCUUGAAUCCUCCUCAUAUUUAUUACUUUGUUGCUGUUCCAAACUUUACUUUUGUCCCAACAAACCUCUCUUCUGUUAUUUCCUUAAACCAUUCACAGA